CCACUCUCCCCAAUCUUCUUGUUACCUUUACCGAUACUCGCCCUCAGGGCAAAGGCGCAUUAACUCACCUUGACUAUCCGGCCAUCACUAAAAGUUACAAUAUGACAGAAUCUGACGUUGCCGUCAGCCUUUCCCCCAGGUCCUCUUUUCGCACGAGCAGGCCAAUGGGGCCUCGAACACGGCAACCGUCUUCCUCUCUUGCGUCUCUCUUCCUUGAUUCAGCACCUCAGAGCAGUGAUUUAGCGCAGUCGCGCAGUACCAGCUACUCCACAACGUUGACGGUGUAUAACUCUAGUCCAGGUCCAUCAUCCCCAGUGGUAUCUAUUGGAGGCUCACCGCCCGUCAUCGAAAGCAAAAUGCUCCCGAUAAUAUGCGAGAGGACCUCCCAGGACGACUCAGAGAGUCGUAGCAACGAUCCUAACCGUGACUCUGAAUCGACCAUAUCCACCGAUACUGCAGCGGUUCCCGAGCCUACACAUUCAUCCUUGUCUCCACCCCAUAAAUCUACGUCCCCACCAGCAUCUCCAUUAACACCGUUAUCACCUGCUUUUGCAUCUGUACCAGAAUCAAUUGUGACCCCACCGCCUUCUCUGUUGUCGCCUGCCGCCACGGUAGAGCCCACUGCACCAAUUAGCUAUUCAUCUUUACCGCCGGCCCUACCACCACCGCCACAUAUUGUAACGUCGGAGUCCUUGUCGAUAGUCACACCACCCUCACAACAUGUAUUUCACCCGCCGCCGCCACAUGUCCGAGAACCCUCAUUGUCUAUCUCUUCGACUUCGCAUCCCUCGCUCACACCUCCGCCUUUUACCGACGUGGCCCCGCUCAGCAUUCAGCGUAUCGGUAACGUGUCGCCCUCAAAUUUGUCACCGGUUAGUCGACCGAUUCCCCGAAGUCCGACUCUCCCGCCUCCCCCCAAAGUCAACUUCGAUUCCGAAGCAGUCAAGUGGAAGGGUCUACCACUGGAGGCCGCGCUUUGGACUUUUGAUUCCGCGGAACUUCAAAAUAUCGUUUCACGAGCAAUCAGAUCAUCCGCUCAAGAGUCCUUCAUUCGCCUCGUGUCGAUCGAUAAUCUUGACAAGGCUCUACCCGCGGAGCUCGAUCGGCUUGACGCACUCAAAGCCGUGACACAAUCCAAGUAUCGGUUCAACACGCAUAGACGAACGAUGUUAUUGCAAGCUUUACUAUCGUUCAGUGGUACAGGAAGUGGGAAGGAGAAGGAUGGUGGAACGAGUCUCGUAGGGACUGUGGCAUCUCAACUAUCGGAUAUAUCCGCCGAGUGCGAUUCCCUCGCAGAGCAACUGGUUAGGAUAACCGAUCAGAUUGGCCAAAUCAGAAAGCUAGUGGAUGUACACUGGGGUAGCGCCUUGGCAAUCGCAUUGAGAAAGCUGAACGGAAGUUACGGUAAACGCACCAAAGACCUUCUAGAUGCGCGAGCACGGAUCACUCAACUGGAGGCCGAGUUGGAGGAUUCAUGGAAAGAGGCGGAGAAACUAGCCCGGGAACUAGACGAACUAGACGAUCACGAUAUUGACUUUGAUGAGGAUACCGGUGUUAUUAGAAGAGCCCAAAUUGUUUCUCUUCCUCGAUCUCCCCCAGUCACCGUCAUGAACAUUCCACCUCUCUCUCCCACUCCAUCUCCACCAGCACCCAAGACUCCAACGUCAUCCUCCUCUUCCGUCUUUCCUUUGUCCCCACCACCUGUCUUGUCACCAAAGCCUUUACCUGCGAAAGCGAUACCUGAAGACGUCAUACCUGAGGAGAUAACGGAGGAAGCUGAAGUGGAAACCAUGGCAAAGAGCGAUGACCGUGCCAGUAUACGCAGUGCGAAGAGCGCACGAACCCGAGUUGCAGACCACUCCCGUGUCGAAUUGGUAUCAGCUGCGCGGCGACGCAGCCUGCGUGCAUCUAUGGGAAGCUUACGCCUCCCGCGGUCGCUGAGUCUGCGCAGCAAUAAAUCGUCUCAUCCUCCACUUCCCGCCAUACCGAAAGAGUUCUCCUCUACACCAUUAUCAUGCCCUCCUCCAAUUCCCAAUACUCUUCCGGUCCCCUUUCCAGACGCUACCCCAACCCGCCGAACGAGCAUUGAGGAUAUCGAGAUUGUCGCUCGGGAUCCGGAGGAAAUUCGGCAUGCAACUACGGAUGAUAUGUGCAUCAUGCCUCUUCGGGAUAAUGAGGACGACCACGCCUCACGGAAGAAACUUGCCCGACGAUCAAUCGAUAACGUUACGUUAGCUGGCGCUAGCAUAUAUGGGCAAGACAAGUCUGGAACAUCGAUUCCCUCGAUAUGGCUCAAUGCUGACACGCCGCAGACACCUGCCGAACGUGUCGAGUCGCUUAUGACGACACAUACUGAGAGUCAAAAAGGAACUUCAUAUAUGAGACUGAAGUCGUUGACGAAGAGAUAUUCGCUACCAUUCCCGACGGUGAUCGCAAGGACAUUCUCUGGAAAGUCUUCUCACUCAGGAUAAUUAUGCGUGUAGCUAUGACCUUUUACUGUAUACUAUCUACUCUCGAGAUAUAGCUGUAUACAUAGGUGUAUAUGUAAGGA